GUAGUUCAACAUCAUUCAUAUUUCAUACUGCAACAGAAGCGCGGCUCUGCAAUUUGACGACUCUAGCUCCGAUCACCACUGCUUUUUUUAAUAACUUCAAUUGAUUGAUACUAACAUAACAAAUACACAAUCCCUCCGUUUUGCUGCUAUCUGAGCGCGUUGGUAUAGUCAAAAAAAUGAACGGUGAACAUUUGGAGUUGAAUAGCUCUUUGAGAAACCUCACAGUAGAAGAAAAGCCACAGACCGAUGAAACUAGCGCCGGCGCCGGCGAUGUUGGUUUGGAGAUCAACUGCUUCACCGAAAUCAUAGACGACAGCAGUCCCUUGCAUUUCCAAAUCAUCCGUUUUCCCAAACAGAUUUACGCUUGGAUAAGUUGCAAUUCUGCUAAAUUCGGUCAUUUGUACGCUGCUGCUCCUACUCGCCCUGAUAAUUCGGUAGGUGUGUCUUGUUUGCUCGGGGGAGCUUCUGAUAAUACCGGAUCUUCCAUUGCUCGACGUUUAGUGUUAAAAACUGGCCUCAAUGUAAUCCUGGCUUGUAAUAUUCCUAAAAACAAUCCCAUGCUUCAGGCAAAUGCUGAGAAAAAAUUGGUGGAGAAGCUAAUUUCUUUGGGGUAUACACAGCCAAAAUCUUAAGUAGCAUAGCAGAGAGUUGGAAGGAGAUUACAAGACAGGUAUCAAGUUAGAAAUCUGUGACAGAUAAAACUAUCUUACUAUAAUAUUUUGCUUCUGAUUUGAAUAGUUCAAUAGUAGAUCACAUGAUAUCAAAUAUACUUAUUCUUCUAGGGCUGUGAUGUAAUCAUAGAAUUCAAAAGCAUUUAUGGUUGACUUUGCUCUACAUUUUGUACGGUUUGAGCAUGUAACUUUUCUCUUUAUGUGUGUAUUGACUCCAUAAACUAUUGCUAUCUAGAAUAUUAAAUCAAAAAGCUUAUUUUAUUUGGUUCCA